AAUGCAAAUGAGUACAAGCUCCAAUGCAGUGGAAAGCAAAAGCAGAUUAGUUUUGUGAAAUACUAUCAUUUUAUUUUGACGUGACUAAAAACAAGAUGCAAGUUCAGCAGUCGUCUGAUACCGCUAUGGAAUUCUUUUGUAUUUUGUGAGAAUCAAUUCACAGACCCCGGCAAUAUGCUGUCUAGUUAAAAUCGGGGUGCCAUCGGAGUCGCUUUUCCGACAACUCUGCAUUUUCUUCAUCAGUACCUACAAAUACUGAUCUUGGAAAGAUAAUUGGCAUUGGCACUCGUAUUAUUGUAAUUGUUAGAUCGUAUUUCUACAAAUGGCGGAUAAAGCUAUGAUGAAGCAAAUUGCUGAGCAAAAGCUCAAGGCCUUCUCCAUUGGUACAAUGGGUAAACGGCCGUUAAGUAAAAAGGAGCUGGAAGAACAACGUAAAAAAGAACAGGAACAAGCUGCAGCCCAGGCAUUUGAAGAAUUUGUUGCAACAUUUCAAGAAACGCCAAGCAAAACUACCAGCAAGGUUUGGGUUAAAGCAGGGACAUAUGAUGCGGGCAAAAGACAGGAAGAUACGAGGGAAAAAGGAAAACUGUACAAACCACAGUCAAAGAUCUCCGAAUUGGUCGACACCAGAUCAACAGCGGAGCAAGCUCAGGAGUAUGCAAGAUUACUCGGAACGAAUGAGCGAAAAAUGGACAGGUUGGGCAAAAAGAAGAAGGAAGGCGAAAAGAAGAAAAGUAACCUGGAAUUGUUUAAGGAGGAAUUAAAGAUGAUUCAGGAAGAGCGCGAGGAGAGACACAAGUACAAGGGCGCAGUGAAAACUGUUAUAUCCACACAAUCCGAGGAUCCGAUGUUGGCUGCUUUAAAAUGCGUGGAAGAUGGCUCGUUUGACAACGGUGAUCCAAAUACUACAAACUUGUACUUAGGAAAUCUGAAUCCAAAGAUUACAGAACAGCAAUUAAUGGAAAUAUUUGGCAAGUACGGUCCGUUGGCUAGUAUAAAAAUAAUGUGGCCACGCAGCGACGAAGAAAAAGCGAGACAAAGGAACUGCGGUUUCGUUGCAUUUAUGAGUCGAAAAGAUGGGGAGCGCGCAUUAAAAAAUCUCAAUGGUCGUGAUAUAAUGCAAUACGAGAUGAAGUUAGGCUGGGGGAAGAGUGUACCGAUUCCGCCUUAUCCUAUCUAUAUCCCACCAGCUCUGAUGGAGAUCACACAGCCGCCGCCUCCGUCUGGUCUUCCAUUUAAUGCUCAACCACAUCGUCGCGACAGACACAAGAUACCACGUAUCCGCAACAUCCAGAGCGCGGACCCGCAGGAAAAGGAAAACUUUGAAAAGGUUUUGCAGAAUGCUGUUGUCAAAGUGGUUAUACCGACAGAAAGGAAUUUAGUCAUGUUAAUACAUAGAAUGGUGGAAUUUGUAAUCCGAGAAGGGCCGAUGUUUGAAGCGAUGAUUAUGAACAGAGAGUUAAAUAAUCCACUGUUUAGAUUUCUAUUCGAAAACUAUUCUCCCGCACAUACUUAUUACCGCUGGAAACUGUAUUCUAUUCUGCAAGGUGACGGGCAGAAAGAAUGGCACACGGAGGAUUUUAGAAUGUUCAAAGGCGGAAGUGUAUGGAGACCACCGCCGAUCAAUCCUUGGACGCAAGGCAUGCCGGACGAAUUGAUAGAAAUGGAAGAGAGGCAAGAGCCCAGGAGGGGUAGCCUUUCGAACAGUCAGCGAGAUCGUUUAGAAGAUUUAUUGCGAAACAUAUCACCUGAAAGAAUAAAAGUUGCAGAAGCGAUGGUAUUUUGUAUAGAGCAUGCAGAAGCGGCAGAGGAGAUUUGUGAUUGUAUUUCAGAGUCAUUGUCAAUACUGCAAACGCCGGUGAAUAAAAAAAUUGCGAGAUUAUACUUGAUAUCUGACAUAUUACAUAACUGUGGAGUCAAAGUAACCAAUGCUACCAUUUAUAGAAAGGCAUUUGAGACGCGUCUUCUGGAUAUUUUUAACGAAGUUCAUCAAGCGUACAAACAGUUCGAUAGUAGACUUAAGGCAGAGGGAUUCAAAAUUCGCGUUAUGCGAAUGUUCCGAGCAUGGGAAGAUUGGGCGGUGUAUCCGAGAGAUUUCCUAGUUAAAUUGCAGAAUACCUUCCUGGGACUUGUCUUGAUGGAUGAACCCGAGCCGGAAAAUGACGAAGAUAUCGAUGGCGCGCCGCUGUCAGAUGCCGAUGGCGAUGGUACUGAGGAUCUGGAUGGGGUGCCGUUGGAUGGUGCGGCAUUAUUGAAAGGCGCCAUGAAACAUGGUCUCACGCCACAAGCUACUUCGAAUUACGAUGAUAUCGAUGGAGUGCCGAUGGAUGAAGAUAUCGACGGGGUGCCAAUGGAUGACGAUGACAGUGCGAACGCACGAAGCAGGGAUGACGAAAAGAAGGCGGCAAUGCCAGCUGGGUUUGUUCCUUCGCGAUGGGAAACUGUGGAUCCUGAUCAGGUGGAGGCACAGGCGAUGACUACCAGUAAAUGGGAAGAAUUGGGUCAAAAUGAAGAUUCGAAUUCUCAAGAUACUAGCAUGGAUUCCAGUGGUAGAGAUUAUAAUGAAGAAAGACGAAACAGAUUACGUGAAAUCGAGGUGAAAAUCAUGGAGUAUCAGGACGAGUUAGAGAGCGGUAGAAGAACCUUGAAGUCCGGCAUGACGAUACAGGCGCAAGUGGAACACUAUAGGAAAAAGCUUAUAAGAAAAAGCGAGAGAGAAAUGAAGGACAUGAAAAGCGAGGAGCGCGAUGAUGAGAAACGAAGAGAAAAGAAGCGCAGCACGACGCCCGAAUCUCCCAGUCAUAGUUACAGAGAGCGGAGACGGUCGACGAGUCCAUCGACAAAAGGCGCGAGAUACAGAUCACGCAGCAGGUCGCCACGCUGUAAGCGCCGGUCAAGAUCGCCGUACAAGAAACGCGUGCCAGUUACUCCGUCCCCACCUCGAAUUCGACGUACUCCAUCACCGUCUUUCUCUUCAGCUAGAGGAUCACGCAGAUCCCCCGCUAAUGAACGCUGCGACAGGAAGAGACGUAGGUCACCCUCCUUGUCUCCUCCACCGCCUCCACGUACUUCCUCUUCGAAACAUAGAGCCUGCAGUCCGCCAUCUCCUUCUCCGCGUAAGCACCGGCACAAACAUAAAUAUUAAGCUACUGCACGCUGUUGUAGGGAUCACUUUAUUUGCAGAAUCGCAUUGAAACGCAAACUAUUUUUCAAGCUCGUACAUUUAUCGCGUCGCGUUCUAGUACGUAAUGGACUCCUCGACAGUUACUUGUUACUCCUCGAUACAACUAGCUCGCUUAUAUAUUCGACAAAUCUAAGUAAAUUAAGAACUAAAUUCUUACUGCUUCAUUAUCUCGAAAUAAAACUUCAAUUUUUUACGUUGUACGAUAUAUUUAUAACGUGUUUUUGUGCCGAGUGACACAAAUUAUAGUUCAAGUACACCGUCGAUUACUGAAAUUUACAUGAACAUUGUGAUUAUUUCACAUCUUUUAAAUACAUACCAUAUAUAUAUUUUCAAAAAAUGUACAUAUACAAUAAUGAACAAUAUGGAACUAUGUAGAUCUUGUCUUCUUUAAAUAAGUUCUGUUUGCGCAAAGAAUAUAAUGUCUUUGUAAAAUGCUCCGAAUAUAUCUCAGAAUUGAAUAAAAUAAUCUUAUAUGUAUA